AUGCACAGAACACGCACUGCCGUCGGCAUUCUGCUGGCCCUCGCCGGCCCAGUUCUCGGCGCUGCCGUCACCAAGAUCUCCCAGGAUGCAACUUGCGGCAUCGCUUUCGGGACCACAUGUCAGGGCUCCGCUUUUGGCAACUGCUGCUCCCGAUAUGGCUAUUGCGGAAGCGCCGAUGGCUAUUGCGGAGCUGGCUGUCAAUCCGAUUUUGGUACUUGCAACGGUGCCAGCCCUCCAUCUGGGAUGAAGGUCAGCGAGGAUGCUACCUGCGGCAACGAUGUCACUUGCAUUGGCUCCGGCUUUGGUGACUGUUGCAGCUCCAGCGGGUGGUGUGGCAGCAGCAAGGAUUACUGUGGCUCAGGUUGCCAGAGCCUCUUUGGAUCCUGUGAUGGCAUCGCCAGCUCGUUGGCCUCUGCAACCGUCAGCGGUAGUACCCGGUUUUCCCUAGGCCCGACAUCGAGUUCGAGUCAGGCCGCGUUGUCUUCUUCGGCAUCAUCUGCCACAGCAUUUUCCUCGGGGUUUGCAUCAACAGGAAACAGCGCAGCGUCCAACGGCGUCCCGCAAACUUCCACCGAGGUCCCGUCGACCUCCACUGGGACGUCCACAUUUUAUUCUGUCGACCCAUCUGGCACAUCCAGCUCCGGCAGUACGUCCGCUUUGCCUACUCCUACGUCGGGAACAGUUUCCGCCGCCCCCUCCGCGUCUUCUGCGGGCGUAAGGGUCUACGAGGAACGGGAUGGGCAAUGGGUCUCACCGGCCUGUACAUAUCUCGUCGCCGACAAAAGAGUCACCAACAUUAUCAAGGAGCCCAAGUCCGCAGCCAUCGCAGAAUGCCAAGGACGCUGUAAUGCCUAUCCCGGCUGCCGUACUUUCUUCCUUUAUGAAGAGAACGACAGGGUUGGUGGGCCUGGAUUCGACAAGAUGUAUUGCGCAUACGGGGUUCGACCGUGGAACGAUGAUUGGCUGCAGUGCAACAAUGCCCGCUACCAGUUCAGCAUCGGGUUCGAGUACGUGCGAACCGACGGCGGAGCCAUCUCUGCUUCUGGUCCCGGUGGGAGCUCCGCGUCGUCCACUUCCAGCUCUAUCAGCAGUUUCAGUUCUAUCAGCAGCUCCAGCUCCAGCUCGUUGACCACAUCUUCCAGCUCACGGACCACCGCAAGCACCACCUCUACUUCAUCAACCACGUCUUCCGCCUCGCGGACGACUUCAAGCUCCAGUUCGACGACGGGGACCACGACAGCCCCGGCGGCACCCUCAACCAGCGUCCGCAGCGUCAGGGUCUACGAGCGCCGCAGUUACAAAUCCAAGUCCCCGGGUUGCGCCUCCAUCGACAAGACGGCGCUGACCAUCCGAGGACUGGACAGCACUCCGGGACCCAACAAAGACUACGCCACGGGCGUAGCUCAGUGCCAAGGCAUGUGCGACGCCUACGCCGGCUGCGAGACCUUUUUUUACUCGCGUCAGGACGGCACCUUGAAGGAGAACUCCCUGGCCCAGUGCACCCUUGACAAACGCGCGUGGUCUGAUGGGCGCAUCCAGUGCGGCUGGACUAGUAUCGUUUUCAGCGCCGGGUACCAGUUUGUCCGCACCAAUACCGUCACCGUCACCCUGGGAGCUACUUCCUCGGGUCCCACCUCGACAGAAGCCCCCCGAUGA